AUGGCCACUAUACUGAAGAGCCCAUUCGGAGUUUGUGCGCUUGAUUUUCGCAAGAACUUCGGCGGCUACAUCCUGGAGCACCUGCGCCUCAACUCUGAUUCUAUAUUGAUAAAUGCCACAUCACAAGCCGAGAAAACGUACGGUGAACUGGCCACUCAGGUGGAGGCCGUCCAUGGUGCCCUGGAAAGCCUGGGCGUCUGCGCCGGUGACAAACUGUGUCUCAUCGCCGCCAAUCGCCUCGAGCUCUUGCCCAUGCUCGUGGGCGCCGCCUGUGCAAAUGUCGGUGCCGCCUACGAGAACCCGGGAUACUCUGUCGAUGUCCUCAUUGAGUUGAUGAAAGGCAUCGAGUUCACUGUCAUUUGUUGCGACGCAAGCAACGUGGACUCAGCACUUGAAUUUAAGGCGAGGCAACCAACCAUAAAACACAUCAUUGCACUGGGCGAACCUGCGAGCGUGCCAACUGGCGCGGAUGGAGUUGUGAUAUCGUGGAGCGAGUUGAUCGAGAUGGGUACCAAAUCAUGCCUUCUGUCAGCGCCCUCCGUCGAGUACCAAGCGAACCGCAUCUGCUACAUGCGUUCCACUAGUGGCACUACAGGAAAACCCAAAAUGGUCGUACAUUUCCACGAUUCACUUGUGGCCAGUGUGCAGGCUAACAGCCACCAGCGGCAUAUGGGUCUGGCGGCGGAAGACGUGCUUUUGUGCACAAGCACGCUCGGUCACGUGUACGCCUUGUUCGACUGCGUGUGCAAAGCCAUCGUCCAGGGAGCUACGUGCGCCUUCCUUGAGAAGGCAGACACGGAGGCAACUCUCGAAGCACUCCAGCGGUUCAAGGCAAGCAGCUCCCUCCUGAACGAAUGA